GUAUAGUGUCUUGCACUCCUUCCCCCACGUAACUCUACUCCUCCAAGUCGCCAAAAUGGCCACCGCCGCAGUUCACGAGGACUAUGCUUCCGUCUCGAAACUCGCCAAGUACCCGUUUGAGCCCUACUGGCCCAGUGCCAAGCUCAGGAUUUGCGUUACAGGCGCGGGCGGCUUCAUUGCCAGCCACCUGGCCAAGCGUCUCAAGUCUGAGGGUCACUACAUCGUGGCUUGCGACUGGAAGCGCAAUGAGCACUUCGCGGAGGAGGAGUUCUGCCACGAGUUCCACCUGGUGGACCUGCGCGUGUACGACAAUUGCAAGAAGGUGUGCGAGGGCUGUGAGCACGUGUUCAACCUGGCCGCCGACAUGGGCGGCAUGGGCUUCAUCCAGUCCAACCACUCCGUCAUCAUGUACAACAACACGAUGGUGUCUUUCAACAUGAUGGAGGCGGCGCGCGUCACCGGCAUCAAGCGCUUCUUCUACGCCUCGUCCGCCUGCAUCUACCCCGAGUACAAGCAGCUGGAUGUGGAGGUGGAGGGCGGCGGCCUCAAGGAGGACGAUGCCUGGCCCGCCCAGCCCCAAGAUGCGUACGGCCUGGAGAAGCUGGCCACCGAGGAGCUGUGCAAGCACUACAACAAGGACUUCGGCAUUGAGUGCCGCAUCGCGCGCUUCCACAACAUUUACGGCCCGCACGGCACCUGGAAGGGCGGCCGCGAGAAGGCACCCGCGGCCUUCUGUCGCAAGGUGCUCACCUCCACCUCGGAGAUCGAGAUGUGGGGCGACGGCAAGCAGACGCGCUCCUUCACCUUCAUUGACGACUGCGUGGAGGGCAUUCUGCGCAUCACCAAGUCGGACUUCCGCGACCCCCUGAACCUGGGCUCCACCGAGAUGGUGUCCAUGAACGGCAUGAUGGAGCUGGCCAUGUCCUUCGACGACAAGAAGCUGCCCAUCAAGCACAUCCCCGGCCCCGAGGGCGUGCGCGGCCGCAACAGCGACAACAAGCUCAUCCUCGAGAAGCUGGGCUGGGAGCCCACCGUGACGCUCGCGGACGGCCUCAAGCGCACCUACGAGUGGAUCAAGGGGCAGCUGGAUGCGGAGAAGGAGAAGGGCGUGGACGCAACCAAGUACAGCCACAGCACCAUCGUGCAGACCAGCGCGCCCAUCGAGCUGGGGUCGCUGCGCAAGGCUGACGGCGAGGAGGGCUUCGAGUAAAGGGCCAGGCCAGGGCUGGCGUCGUUUUGAAGGUCGUGGUAGCGCUAGGCAAUAGUCGCGUGACGGCAGUCCUGGCAAGGAGUAUCCGGUUGUGAAUGGUCUGUGUGUGUGGGAGUAACGUCAUGUCGACUGUUGGUUGUUAUGUUAUUUUGGGAGGCUCGCAAAGUGCUAGCCAGAUGCUAUUAAGUGACUGUGUGUUAUGAGAUGCUGCGUGUACACGGCGUAUGUGUGCUGCGGCUCUAAGCCGGCGUGUGCUGCCGGGAUAGAUUCAUCUGGCGGACCGGAGGUGAACAUACCAUGUUUGCUAACUGAUGACCCGGACUGGCUCAAUCCGCAUGUGGGGUGCACGAUGCACGGCGCGUGUGCAUAGCAUGGCGCGUUGUAAUACGACGCAACCCAGUGCUGUAAAUGUUCCAAGUU